AUGUCAUCUACUCAACGUCGUUGUGCUGCUUGCCAUAUGCUUGGACAUAGCAGAAGUACUCAUAAGCAAUGUCUCAUGAACCCAAAGAACAUUUCUCUCCACAUUCCUCAAAAGAGAACUAAUGUAGAUGAAUAUCCUGCAGAAAGUAGCCAAACUGCUGCCUUGAGAAUAAGAAGUGAGCCUGUCCAAGACCAAAAUUUGGACAUAGAAACAUCGACUUUUAUUUCAGUUUCUGAGUUGACUGAAUUUCCACUCGCAAAUGAGACUAUUACUGAAGUUCUUGAAGCAGUCAUGGAAGAAGAGAUUGAGGAGACUUCAUCUGAUGAAGAAGUGACUGGAAGAGAAGAAGAAGUCGAGGUCACUUCAUCUGACGAAGAAGUGACUGGAAGAGAAGAAGAAGUCGAGGAGAUUUCAACUGUGAAUAGAGGAUCAAUUUUACCCCAUUGUCCUCACUGUAACGGAACUGAUCAUCGCCGAAUUACAAGCAGAUUUUGUCCAAACAAUAACAGUAGCAGAGCAAGAGGAUCUAGAAAUCGAGGCAGAGGCUUGAAUAAUAUUGCCCGACUUCCAGCUAUUUCAGAACCAGCAGUUGAUAACAGGGGAGAUAUGGAUAUCGAGUGUUGA